CUUUUCUGCAGCAGGACGGCAGGGACAAGGAUUACUCCAAUUUUAGACUCUUUAUCCAUGCGUCCCAGGUUUCCAAACCAAAUGAGAAUAUAAGAGUCAAAUGGAGACAGGCGGGUGAUUCUGUGAGGUGUAAUAUCUUCCGUGUGUCAGCAUGACCCCUCACGGUGGAGCACUCCUGCUGGUCUUUGGCUUCUUGCUGUGUGGACGUCUGUGUGCUGCUGUGGCUCUAAAUAGAAAUGGAAGAUCCCAGUCUUGGACCAACAUGGACAAAGUCGCAGAGCCAGCUAGCAGCCCACGAUGGACAUCCUGGCCCAACAAAGUGGCCUUAACUACUCCAACCUUCCUCAAUUUAUCCACAAGUGUUUUGCAAUCAGAGGAGACCAGCGCAGACCACGAGGGUCCAGAGGUCUCAGUGGAUGACGAUGGUUUGUCAAGACUUUCUGCUUCAAGAACACCAUGGAUCAAGACUUUCCCUGAGACUGAUAUUCCUUCAGACAUCCAGCGGGAUGAAGAGGGACCUGAAACGGAAGCGUUCGAUUGGCCUGAUCUUAGCAGACAGGGCCGUACUGACCAAUCAUCUGAAACGUCUUCAUUGACAACACUGCAGCCUUCAACUUUCGCAGACUCUCAGACAUGGAGUACAAAGUUCAAGACACCUAUAGCCUGGAAUACAGAGGCAUACAUGUCUCAGGAUGAGCAGAGAACAUCUGAAACAAGAUUUAGCACUUACCAGACACUCUUGACAUCUUCUAGUACAGUUGAGAUGCCAUAUGCCAGAGGAACCUUAGAUGGUACCAAUUUGCCAAGUGGGCAGACAGACUAUCUGUGGCCAUCUGAGGAAGCAAAGGAUUUGACAGAUGCCACUACUGUUAGUCUGACUGAGCAGACGUUCAAUAUGACAAGAACUGACUACGAAAGAGAGGACAGUGUGAAAACUGAGGCUGUAAUGGCGCAAAAUGGGCAAACGACUGCCACUGUGAUCAAGGCCACUGAAACACAUCCUCCAGCUUCUCCAGCUGCAGACUGGCAUGAGUCCACAACACUUCCAGACUGCAACCUGGUUGUCAGUGGGAUCUGUCAGCCCUCUGACACCUUCAAGAAUCGUGCUUCAACUAACAACACUCUGUCGACUCCACCCCCUGUUUCUGAAACCACACCCCCUGGAGUCAUAACCCCACCCAUUGAUGCCCUGACCCCUCCUCUACUGGUCCCUCUGCUCACUGACUGGAACGCCGCCAUGGCAACAUGGGGCCUGGCAUGGGAGUUGCAGGUUUACGGUCUCGGCUCUGUGUUCUCUCUAGUGGCUGUGCUGUCUGCGCUCAGCCUGAUGUGUCUGCCGUUGCGUUGGCCCUCUGGCUGUGCCCACUUCAGCCUUCUCCACAUCCUCCAACUGCUGACCGGUUCCAGUCGUGCUUUCUGGUUGCUCUACGACCCAUACGGCCAAAAAGAGCGCCUCCCGGAGGCCUGGGCACGACUGCUGUACGAGGCCGCCUAUCCUUGUCUCACGGCAGCAUUUGGAUUGCUGUUGCUACUGCUUACCGCGCGCUCUUGCACACAGCUACUGUCCCAAAACACUCUGCAGCGCAGCUCCUGCCUGUUGGCUGCACUUGUGCUGCUGCAUGUCGCUGCCGUGAUGGUUUCCAUAGCGAUUCUGCAGUUGUUCCCUACCCUCCAAGUUGUGCCUCUGAUACCGCCUGCGACCUUCUUUUUGAUGUCCAUUCUCUUGUCAUUCACGUAUCUGCUUUUGUACUUCUGUGCCCGUGCGGAUGUCAAGCACAUUUACCGGCUAAGCAACAGUUCGCCAGAGCAUCCAACAUGCCGCGCCAGCCGGUGUCCAUUCACAGAGGCACGUAUGUGGGAAAGGGCGGCCAGGGCAGGAGUGUUCUCUGCCCUAUUUCUUCUAGCAUGUGGCGGCCUAAGACUCUAUGCCAUGCUAAAUGCAGGAGGACUAACUGAUUCCGCUAUCAUUGGCCUGAUGCCGUGGCCAUGGUGGGGUUUUCAGCUCAGCUGCAGAGUGUGUGAAGCGGGCGUGUGUCUCACUCUUGCUCUUGUAAUCACUCACCCGCUUCUUUGUUGUGGAAUGCCCCUUUCUAAUCCUGGUGGCUGCUGCUGGCUCUUCAAAAAGUCACCUACAGAGGGUACCACAUCCACAGCCAAACCCUCCAUUCUCUCUAGACACUGUGACUGGUCACUACGGCCUGCAGAGGGCAUUGUGAGGCGGGAAAGUGAAAGUGUGCCACUCUACACCCUGGUGGAGUUACCACACACUGAAUCCGAAGGCUUGGACCUCCACUAUCCCAGCAGCCCUCAGCGUGAGCUUUCCACACUGAUCACCCAAACAACAAAGCUUGCAAGCUCAGAUGGCGACUCCACAGCAGACCUGCGGCCUCCUUCGCCCAUUGAUCUGCGACGGAGCAUUGACGAGGCAUUGAACAGCGAUGCUUUGUUCCAGCAUAGCCUAUUUGGAUCAUCCAGGCUCUCUCUCAGCACUCGUGGGCCUCCAGAUGGACAGCCCUGUCGGGGAAACUCCACAGAACCCAACCUGUGCCGCACUGCCUCGUGUGGGGAUGUGGACACCAGGACUGAGCCCAAGCGACCCCGGCAAUGGGGCACUAUAGCAGGGAGACCAUCGCUCACUCAUGGAGGUCAGGUCUCAGUCUAUUGCAGUGGGUUAAACUCGACACAACAGUCUCAGAGCAGUCUUCACGGGGGAUCUCACACUGGCCAACAACUCCACAGACGGUACACAACUUUGGGCUCUACUUCUUCCAGAGGGAACCUGGAUGUAGAAACGCGUUCUCAUGCUGAUGAGCUCGCCGUUCAGGCUGAGUUUGUUAAUGUUUGCAGGCAGAUAGAUGCCCUCAGUGUCUGCAGUGAUACGAUUGACCUAUAGGACAAACAUUCAACAAAUUGUAUAGCCGUAAGACGUAAACAUUAUAUGUGUUAACAUGACGACUGAACUACUAGGCCUCUGAUGUUCACUCUUAAUGGAUAGAAAUACUGUGCAAUCUAAAACAUCAAACAUCGGGGGCUCUAUUUUCAGGACCCCGCUAGGCACAACGCAAUGCGCAACAACCGUGCGUCUUAUGACAAUGCAAAGCUCAAGUGGGUGUGGAUGGGAGUGUUUGCGGUAUCUGUGGGUGCAUGUGUACAAACUGUGGGUAUAUUGUAUGCAAAUGAAGUGUCGCAAAGCACAAUUCUUUCUGAAAAAAAGGUUAUUUUGCUAAGAUAUUUAAUAAGAUGCCUAAUAUCGACGCAAAGUCUAAACUCAGUUCCUGUAUUUGCAGUUUGGGAAUUCCACCAGAAGAUGAUAUCAAUGAACAUUGGGCGAGAAGCAAAGCUUAUUUCAAGCAAGUGAAUUACAGGCAAGCAGGACGAGAGCCAACAGUCCCAGAGAGUCCAAUAGAGAGCAUACAACACAUAGGCACAGUCCUACAUACAUGCCUCUGUGAAUGGACAUCGGCUGGUGUGGCACGCUGGGCGCUCUGGCGAAUUCUCGCUUAGCCGGUAGUAGGGAAUGCAUUGCAUACAGCCCAUUUACACCACCAAAUUAUUACGAAUGGGCUGUCUUCAUCUAUAUCAAUGUUGUUUGACAGAAAAUGGAAUAUAAGAGGACACCGAUGGUGCAAGAACCAAAGAACCACCUCAGAAUUAAAUUCCACUUGACCCAGCCCAUUAGCGCUUUGCGUACACGGUUCGCCAACCCAAUCAAAACUUCAUGGCCAUGCCCACUGACUUUGCACAGAUGUUGUCUAGCAUAGUGCUGCGCUUAAGGUAUAGCACUCUUAAAAUUGGGCCCCUAAAGUAAUAUUCUUGUGCUCAAAAUAUACCACAUAACUUUGGGUGGCAUUUGGUUUAAAAGCACAUAACAAUUAUUCGAGAAAAAAAACUGAAAAAGAGACUACAUAGGGAUUUUUUAUGCAUCUUUCAGCAAUAAAGCUAGCACUUAUGAACAUUGUUUUAUAAAGAGAAGUUGGUUUUGUUUUGGUUUUGAAUAGUUUGUUAUAGCAUGCUUCUCCUAAUCCAACAUGAACACACGGGAAGUCGGCAUGCUGUUUCUGAAAGUUGCGGUACUCUAGGAUCGGCAACAGAAUGCCGACACGCUGACAUCUCCCAUCGGAUAUAUUUGGAACGGCUCAACAACCAUUACUUUCCCUCAUGGCUCGACUGGUAACACGUUGCACCAGUUGCAUGGGAGACUACAGUUCAAUCCCCAAUCAAACGAGGAAGUAAUCACGAUUGUAUAAACAAUCAUGAGCAU